AUGGUGCAGUUUUCGUCGCCACAUACAGAAUCAACAAAUCUACAGAUGUCUCCUUCUCCUACUGAAACAUUGCCAGCACCCUAUAGAAAUCCAGUUUGGAAUAGACCUAGAGGCCCUCCUCAGUAUAACUUUCCAUUCCGUCCAUCAGGUGGUGGUACUUAUCCGAGUCCUAGGUUUGAACCUCCGGGCGGUCCAUCGUACAACAAUGCACCAGGCAUGAAUCAAUGGCCCAACCAUAAUUCAAAUCCUUCUUCAGGAUAUAGUCCAAAUCAUUCUGAAGGAUAUAGUCCAAGUCCUUCUUCAGGAUAUAGUCCAAAUCAUUCUCCAGCAUUCAGGAACAGUCCUAACACUAGUCAAGGCCGAGGCAGAGGCUUCUGGCAUAGUACCAGAGGCCCUGUUUCAGGACGAGGUGGUAGACAAGGAUCAGGUUCUCAUGGUCGCUGGUCCAAUAAAGACAGAAGUUGUGGUCCAGAACGAUAUUACAAGAGGUCCAUGAUGGAAGAUCCAUGGAAGUGUUUGAAACCUAUUAUAUGGUGUUCAACAUAUCAUUUUUCAAAUAUUUCAUUUACACCUGAGAAUUCAAAACCCCAGGCUCCUUCAGAAUCAACAAGUACAAAAAGGGAGGGACCAUCUGCUGUUUUUAGCAAAUCCAAUUCUGGACCAAGUCUCGCUGAGUAUUUGGCUUCUGCAUUCAAUGAAGCUGCCAACACUGAAGAAUAA